AUGUUGGCACUGAAUUAUGCACGAGCAUGGGAGAUCCUGGAAGAACGAUUUGGAAACCAGCGAUUGAUCAUCGAGUCACACAUCGUUGGCCUCCUGAAUAUGCAAAACGUUCUCAAGAAAUCAUCAAAGGAUCUGCGCAACCUGGUAGAUGAAUGCACCCGUCACGUCGACAAUCUCGUUAAGCUCAACCAGCGUUUAACCGGAAUGUCUCAGUUGUUUGUGGUGACACUACUGACACGUGCCUUAGACGACCAGACUUCUGCACUCUGGGAAGCUUCAAUCAACCAGUCCGAGCUUCCUGAGUAUGAGCAGAUGAUCGCAUUCCUGAAGCAGCGGUGCGUGAUUCUGGAACGAUGUGAAACCACUACUCCUACCGCAGCAUCUAAGGUACCGAUCGCCAAGACUGCUCCAUCGAAAGGUGGACAUUCUAAGUCGUCGCAUGCUGCAACAGCAACAUCGGAAUAUGCGUGCGACUUUUGUUCCGGUCAGCACCAGAAUUUCAAAUGCUCGACUUUUCAAAGGAUGACCGUAGACCAGCGUCAAGACAAGCUGAAAGCGACGAAUCUGUGCUUCAAUUGCCUGAGGAAGGGCCACCGUAGUGCAGCAUGUCCAAGCAAUAAAUCCUGCUGA